AUGGAGACCAUUGAAAGGCUCGGCCUGUCCGAAAAAACCUUGAUGUACUUCACCUCUGACCACGGCGGCCACAUCGAAGAGGGUCCGAAAGGAGGCUGGAAUGGAAUCUAUCGAGGUGGUAAAGCCAUGGGCGGCUGGGAGGGAGGAAUCCGAGUUCCGGGAAUAUUCCGCUGGCCUGGACGUCUCAUCCCGGGACGAGAAGUGGCAGAACCAACAAGUCUGAUGGAUGUUUUUCCCACAGUGGUGAAGCUGGCAGGCGGAACGCUGCCGGAGGACAGGUACAACACCAGCGCGUCAAUACUCAACACUAUAUUCCUGUAGGACAGACAGCAUCUAGUGC